AUGCGUCAUGGUUUAUUAUUCUACUUACAGCUACGUAAGGGGGAUAUUUUAUUGUCAGUGAACGGUCGUAGUCUGAUAGGCCUUCAGCAUGGAGAUGCUGUGGAGCUUCUGCGAAAUGCCACUACAAACCAAAAUCGAGUGGAGAUCACUGUUCUUGCUGGCAGCGAAACUAGUCUUGGAGCCGCCAAUUUCUUGCCAUCUUGGAAUUAUUGGUUGCAAGUGCCAAUAGAACUAGUCGGUACCAUAGCCAAGCAAGUUUUGCUUCGCAGGCGUGGACUAGCUUGUGUACAUCUCCGGGAUACGAGACAAACUCUGAGGGCAAAUGAAGAGGAUGUGCCGGUCCGAUUUAUCGAGAAUGGAGUUGAGCCCCUCGGCUUCAGCAUCGUUGGCGGGUGUGCAGACUUCCUUCAGAUAGUGAUUAAGUGUCGCUUAUUUCUCUACCCACAAGACGCGGUUUGCGAAAAUAUGAACCUGCAAAAGCCGUAA